AUGGUGGAUUACGUUAGUGUAAAGUUGGUGAGUUUGAAUCAGGCUGUUAUAGGCACGUCUCCGAUCAAGAAGGAGGAAAUUGAUUCUGCUGGGUGGAUUGUUGGCAAACGUGGGGACUGGCAUGGGGUCUAUAUCACAGAGUCUGGUACGGUGGUCAAAUAUGGGCGUCAUGUCCAAGCCGAACGAGAGGCUCGAGCGAUGAGUUUUGUCCGUAGGACCUGUCCGCAGGUUCCUGUGCCAGAAGUGCUUGGUUGGUGGGAAGAAGGAGAAGGAAGAGACCGGGUGGGACAUUUGGCGAUGUUGUUUAUCCCCGGGGAUAUGCUCAGUAAAAGCUGGCCGACCAUGGAUCAAGUGCAGCGGGAGAGUGUCCUAAAGGAUCUAGAUGAUAUAUUGUGUCAACUACGGACACUUCGUGCUCCGCCAGCAGCUCUGAUCGGUCCUAUCGACGGUACCAGCCCUGCUGCCGAUGUUCGAGGCGGCGGUGCUGAAUAUGGCGGCCCGUUCAAGACUGAGGCUGACCUCAACGAAUGGCUGGUUUCUCUAGUACACCCGGACUCGAUACGGUUCUUCGGUUCAUUCUACGUUGAACAAUCCGGAAUAGUUUGA